AUGCUGGACAAAGAUGGCUUCACUGAAUGCACUUUGACCAAAGCUUGUCUGAAUAUAUGUGCAGCAUGCUUCAGGUCGCUGUCAAAAUUAAAGGUUUCCCGCCUUGCUCUAGCAAACAAGCUAUAUUGUGGGCAGCUGCCCCUCCUAUUCAGAGACCUAACCUGGGUAAAAGAAAUGGUGUGUGCCAUCUACAGUAACACCACUCAUGUCACUCGUCUAUAUCAGUUGUCAGAUGCCACACAGCCAUUUGUGUUCCAUGGCAAUACAUGUGCUCAUGAAACAAAUGUGGUCUCUACCAUCAAAGUCCUUCCUCAAACUCCUGCUGACAUCAAUGACAUGCUCUCAGUGAUCUUUAUAGGCACAGGCAAGCUUGAUGCAUCCUCACUCCACACGAUCUUCUGCAUCCGCAUGUAG